CCGAAAACUUAAGAAAAAAGCUUUUAGGUGGAUGGGAAGGAAAUAAUUAUAGAAAUUAUCAUCCAGAAGCCAUUUAUAGAAGCAGACCUUUAAAUUCUAUAAUUGAACAAUUUAAGUUAAUGUUGAUUGGUUGCAAAGAACGAGUUACAGAAG